AGGCGGAGGAAGAAUAACUUUGGAAACGUUGUUAUCAGCAUCCUACAUGGACUUCCUCACCUCCUCCCCAGCUUCGUCAGCCGCAAGCUCCUUAGCAUCCUCAGAGACCUGGGCGACCGGGAUGGACUCCACGCCCCAAAGCCAGCCCCCCUCUCUUUUGCCAAAACCUGCCUCUGCACAGCCGUGAGUGGGCAGCCGAAGGCCGCAGCUGGAGUCCAGGCCGGGAUGGAGCCCCGGCUGGGGCCCGAGGCUGCCGUCCUCCGCCGGGGCGGGCCGGCCCUGCUGCUGUGGGUCGUGGUCCUGAGCUGUUCUGUGUCCUCACCGGCUUCUCCCUCUCCUUCUCUGGUGCCCCAGGUCAGAACCAGCUACAAUUUUGGAAGGACUUUCCUCGGUCUUGAUAAAUGUAAUGCCUGCAUCGGGACAUCUAUUUGCAAGAAGUUCUUUAAAGAAGAAAUAAGGUUUGACAACUGGCUGGCUUCCCACCUCCGACUAUCUCCCGACCACUUGCCUUCUUACCCUGCAAAUUACUCAGAUGAUUCCAAAACCUGGCGCCUUGUGGAGGUCUCGAGGCUGAUCAGCAAACACCAAAAUGAGAUCUCAGACAGGAGAAUCUGUGCCUCGGCAGCAGCCCCGAAGACCUGCAGCAUAGAGCGCAUCCUACGGAAGACAGGGAGGUUCCAGAAAUGGCUGCAGGCUAAGCGCCUCACUCCGGACCUGGUGCAGGGCCUGCCCAGUCCCCUCCUGCGCUGCCCGUCACAGCGACUCCUGGACCGCGUGGUCCGGCGCUACGCUGAGGUGGCUGACGCUGGCAGCAUCUUCAUGGACCACUUCACAGACCGUGACAAGCUGCGUCUGCUCUACACGCUGGCUGUCAACCCACAUCCCAUCCUCCUACAGAUCUUCCCUGGCGCUGAGGGAUGGCCACUGCCCAAGUACCUGGGCUCCUGUGGCAGAUUCCUGGUCAGCAUCGGCACCAGCCCGCUGCAGGAAUUCUAUGGUGCACCCCCAGACCAGGCAGCCGACCUGGCUUACCAGCUCCUCGGUGUCCUGGAGUCUCUGAGGAGCAACGACUUGAACUACUUUUUCUACUUCACCCACGUUGACGCAGGCAUGUUUGGCAUCUUUAACAACGGGCAUCUGUUCAUCCGAGAUGCCAGCGCACUGGGUGUCAUCGACAAGCAGGAAGGCAGCCAAGCAGCCGCCAGGACAGGAGAGAAUAAAGACAUCUUUAGCUGCCUGGUUUCUGACUGUCAGGCCAAGCUGCCCUCCUGUGACACCGUCCCUGAGAAGCAAAGCCUGGUGCUAGUGUGUCGUCGGGUGCUGCCUCGACUUCUCCAAGGGAAGUUUCCAUCCCUGGUGCAGGAAGAGAUAGAUGCCACACUCACUCAGUGCGGGGAAGGCACCCGCCCUGACCACGAGGUCCUCGGGGCUGGCAGCCGACUGAAGGACAUCUUGAGGCCCUUGAGAACCUGUGACCCCAGAUUUGCCUACCGCUACCCAGACUGCAAAUAUAAUGACAAGUACUGAGGAUGCUGGAGCUGGCUUAACGGGCCUCCAGGGACAACAUCCUUGGCCCUCCAUUCCCGAGUCAAGUUGCUGCAAGACUGAAAGAAGCAUCUCUCUUUUAGACAUUUAGACAUUCCCAGGGACUGAGGCGCACCCCUCUUCCAACAUGCAGCUACGCAGUUGCCCUGCUGGCUGGGAUUUCAUGGAAGAGCCCCAGGGCGGGCUCAGAAGACCUGGGUGUGGACAGUCACUCGAUCUCUUUCAGAGUCAGGGGCCUCUGUUUUCCACCAGAUUUUCCAGUUAGUCUAAAAGACAGAGAUCCGAAGGGCUUCCUAUUCCCAGCCCAGUGUUUACAAAGUGUGUUUCCAAAGCAGGCCCAGUCAGGGCAACGCGACAGAGCCACGGAGGUCAGGGGCUGGUGUAGAGGGAAGGCAAUAAGGUGCAGACCGUAUCAGACGCUGACAAGAAAGGUCCCCUUCCUGCUCUCUGCACCCCUGAACUAGCCCUCAUCCCGAGGUGAGGAGACUAGGCUAAAGGCACACACGGACAAGACAUACCCUGUGCGUGUGCGAGGCAUCUCAUGCUGUGGGAAGGAGUCAGAGUAGGAAGAGAAGGGGGCGAGCUGGGGGGCCAGUGUGCCUGUCCAGUCCUCAGAGGGCAGGUGUCAAGACGGGAUGGGAUGGCAAGGACUGUAUUAGAGAAAAUGCCUGUGCAAAGCAAAGGAGGAGGGAGCGAGCCAGAGACGGCUGGGAGAGCCACCAGGUUGUAUUGCAAGUCUGAGCCCGAGGAAAAGAGAGGAGGGCGGUUCAGGCAAGAGCCUCUUAGGCUGGUUUCCUUCCCCGAGCAAACGAAGGUUGGGCCGGGCAGUCGGGGUGUUGUCGCGAAGCCAUUCUGCGUGUCUCCCAAGAAUGGGUGGCCCUUACAUCCCUGCCGCACUUGGUCACUGGUAGGGGAAGCUCAGGGUCCAAUGGCAAAGACUGAUUUCAAAGCAAGCACAGCACAGGGUGCCUAGAGCAGGAGGUUUGUUGGGGACUGAGAGAACAUUCUCAGCAGAACUACAGUCAGCGACCUGCGCCAGCUUUGUCCACAUUGAGGGCUCCAGUGCUGGAUUUGCUAAAGGGCCUGAGAAUUUUCCUACAAACUUGGCCUCAUAGGAUAUUAUAAAAGUGCUUCUCAUGGUCAACAAAUAGUACAUAUUUUAUUCAACAGUUUACUGUUUUAAAAUAUUUAACCAGGUGGUAUGUGACCUUCCAUGUACUGUUCUUGCUUUAACCAUUCAAACAUUGGUGGGGGCCUUGUUACCCAGACUUGUUGCCAGUCCUGUACCUUCUGGGGUCUCUCUGUUGGCCUCCUGUUUUCUACCUCUGACUCACCACCAUAAAGGUCAUAAUCCCUGGCCUAACAGGCCUCACUUUGCAGAUAAGGAAACUGAGGCCCAGGGGAAAGAGAGACUUACUGGGCUAAGGCCAAAACUCCUGCUUCUGGUUCUUUCCUGCUAACCUCUGACUCAUCCUGUACUAUCGUCUGGUCAUUUCACUCACAUUUAAAGAUGGACCAGAAAAGUCCAUGUCAUGGUGUACUAGGUUGCCUUUGGGGUUUUCCUUUUGACUACUCCGGGUGCUAUCUCCAGGGCAAUCAUGACAGUAAAAAUGAGAGGCCAAGCUUCUGGAAGGGCAUGCAUGAAGCUUCCUGAAAAUCUUCUGAGACAGUUGUAUUCUGGCCUAUUCUGGAAGAGAAGGGAUGAGCAUUCUUCCCAUAGCAUUGAUUUCAACCCAGAGAAACUCAUCUUAGACUUCUGACCUGGAGAAUGAGAGAAUAAAGUCACCUACUUUGUAAUAAUUUGUUAUAGCAGCCACAGGAAACUAAUACACACCCAGAGCUCCAUCUUACUGUCCCCUUCCAGAGAACCCAACCAGCAAUACUCCCCAACUCUACUGCAAUGUCAAGAAUAAGACCUAACAUGAGGGAAAAUAAGCAUCCACACCUAGGGCUGAGACCUGGAUGGUUCCAUUCCUGCAGUAACUAAGUCCCACGUAUCAGUUUUGAUCCUAAGUUCAACCCUGACAUAGUGAUCUUCUUGACAGCCCAGCCUCCAGCAGCCCCUCUGAAUUCCAUCUCUGUACCACUGAACCAUAGGUGUGUGCCACAUUUGAAGUUCUUCCCAAAGUUAUCCAUAUAGAUAUGUUCACCAACUUCUUUUCCAGCUGGGAACCCCCUGAGCGUGGUCCUUCUUGUUCCCUAUAAGAACUGGCACAGGGGGCCUCCCCUGGAGGCGCAGGUGGUUGAGUGCAGCGCUGUGAAGCUGCCCACAGCCUCUGCAGUGCCAGUUGGAUCCCGGCCGGCUGGCAAGGGUCCCAUAAGGCACGGCAGACCUCUCCUGUCGUGCCAGCUGCUCCCCUCAGCAGUGUAUUUCGUCAGUCUGCCUGUUCUGCUCCCCACUCUCUUUCUGGUGAAUUCUCUCACCCUCCCACACAUCUGGCCUGUACCCUGGUUCUUGUAUAAAUAAAUAAAUAAAUCUUAAAAAAAAAAAAAAAGAACUGGCACAGGACUGGGCACAGAACAAGUGCUCAGAAGAUAUUCUUGCUUUGAAUAAUGACUGUUUUUCAGCCCUUUAUGCUUAGUGUUUUUCAUAUACCAUGUUCUAUAGAUUGAAUAGAUGUGUCUCCGAAAAAGCCAUAUGUUGAAAUCCUAACACUCAAGGUGGUGGUACUAUGAGGUGGAGCAUUUGGGAAGUGAUUAAGUCAUGAGGAUGGAGCCUUUAUGGAUGGGAUUAGAGUUUUAAAGAAAAGACCCCUUGGAACUCCAGAACUCCCUCCCUUCAUGCACCAUAAGAGGACACAGUGAGAAGUAGCUGGCUUGAACCAGAAAGCAGGCCUUCACCAGACUCCGAAUCUGGUGGCGCCUUGACUUGGGUUUUCCGGACACCAGAGCUGUGAGAAAUAAACAUCUGUUGUUUGUAAGCAACCCAGUAUGUGGUAUCUUGUUGUAGCAGCCUGAAGGGUCUGAGGCACCUUGCUGACCAUGCACAGGACAAAGCCACUUUCUAUGAUCAGCUCUUUUCCCUCAAUAGCCAGGAGGCAGGUGAGUCAACACUCAAGUAACUUCAAGAAAAAAAUCAUUGUGUAUAUUCUCAAUCCCAUGCAAUCUGAUUGGAGAUGGUAGAGUAUUUUUCUCAGUCUCUCCAGCCUGUCAUUUUUGCCUGCAGAAACAGUUACAUAAUUGGUGGGACCCAGUGCAAAAUGAAAAUGUGGGGCCUCCUGUUAUUAGGAAUUGCAAGACAGGGGCAACAGAUUAUUAAACUAAGCACAGGCCCCAUGCAACAGCAUAGGCUAAGCUGACCUUGGGUGCCCAGGAAUUCUAAGUCUCAUUAACCUUGGUGUAGCGUUCUUAUAGUUUACUGAGGUCUCAUUGGACCAAGGAGAGUAGGUGUGGGACCAGGGCUGAUAUAUAGAAUAUUUAGCGAUGCUAUGCAAAGGAACUGACCUAUAACAACAGACUCCACCAAAGGCAGCUAUUUGACGGGCAUAAUAAUAGCCCUGCACUCAAGUCCUGCUUUUCACAUGAGGAGGCUGGUUUAAGUGAUUUGCUGAAAGUAGCAAUUUUUAGGUCUCCUGCUUUUCCAGUCAUCCCAUGUAGUGUCUGACUCCUGGUUAUAAAUGAUUCUAUGAACCUGAACCUAUGAUUCUAGAGUUUAAUAGCUUCUAGAGUUUAAUACUUCGUUGGACUUGUGUUCUUUUUUGAAAAGAACUAGAGUUCUGGAGUCAGACAGAUGUGGUUUCAAAUCAUGGCUGCUGGUUACUGCGCAUUCUUGGGCAAGUUACUUAACUUCUCUGAACCUCUCUUUCCUCGUUCAUAAAAUAGGGAAGAGGGCCUCCCCAGCGGCACAGCAGUUGAGCGCUGGGUUGCAAAGCUGCCCACGGCCUCUGCAGCGCCGCCGGUUCGAUCCCCGGCUGCUCCCCAGCCACCGGAGGAGGGUCCCGCAUGGCGCGCAGACCUCUCCUGCCGCCCGCUGCUCCCCUCAGCAGUGUACUUCGGUCCUUCUGCCUGCUCUGCUGCCCGCUCUGGCUCUGGUGAAUUCUCUCACCCUCCCGCGCUUCUGACUGUACCCAGUGCAUGUAUAAACAAACAAACAAACAAACAAACAAAUAAAACAUGCCUCUAUAAAAAAAUUAAAAAUUAAAAAUUAAUAAAGAAA